AUGACUCAAUUAUCCUUGUCAAUCCAUCGACGACGUCUGCGCCAACGAGUGGAAUGGAAACUUAAUAACAUUGCAAACCAACAACCACCAAUUGACACAUUUCAAAAAGAUCCUUCUAGGCCUUCAUAUGAAGAUCUAGGGAAUGAACAAUGCGGCCAAAAAGAUGAUGAAAAUAUUCACAAUUCCAAACUAAUGAAUCUUUAUUCAAUGAACAUGAAGAACGGAAUAUAUCAGAAAACUUAUAAGUCAAUUUCUGAGAUCAAUUACACAAAAUUGAACUCAAUUUCUGUUCGCCUUAUUGGAUGUUACGGAAAUCGCCAUUUAAUUGCAAGACGCUUGUUGAAUUUAGAGAUUAUUAAUCAACAAAUUUAUGAAUUGCUUAUAUCCUCGCAGCCUUCUUUCGACUACUCAAAUAAACCUUUUUUACGUCCCGGCAUUUACUUCUUGGUUGUGAAUCCAGAUUUUAGUUUAGUUAUUCAUUGGCCCGAAGUUACCGAGCAUCAACUUUGCCUUAUGAGUGAAGAAGAUUUAGAAAGUUUCGAUUGGAAUUUAUACAAUACCGAUGUUGAAUCAGAUGACGAUAAAGGGUUUUAUGAAUUUGAAGUCAAGAAAAGUCAGGAAGUGGAUUUAUUCGAUAAUAUAAAAACCGAAUUACAAAAUACUCAAGAAGAUGUUAUUGAAUCUGCUACAAAUCAAUCGUUUGCUACUCGGAAAUUAACAAAGGAGACUUCAUGUAUGCGAGGAAUCACUAUGCCAGUUAAUGAAUGGGAAUUUUCACAAAAGCUUUAG